UAUCUUGUUUCUGGCGGUAGAAACAGUCAGACGGACACUACGAGAAGCGGCUUCUAUACUUGUUGCCACGUCGGAGUAUUUGGUGCAGCUGACUGAUUCAUUUAUUAAUCACUUAAGGGAUAAUCUGUUGGGUGGUCUUUAGUUCUUUUUUAGUCAUGGUUUCCGUCAUCAAUACAGUGGACACGUCCCACGAGGACAUGAUUCACGAUGCUCAGAUGGAUUACUAUGGUACUCGGCUUGCUACAUGUUCCUCUGAUCGCACCGUGAAGAUCUUUGAUGUCAGGAAUGGGGGCCAGAUUCUUGUGGCAGACCUCAGAGGCCAUGAAGGCCCCGUGUGGCAAGUCGCGUGGGCUCAUCCCAUGUUUGGAAACAUCUUGGCUUCGUGUUCAUAUGACCGAAAAGUCAUCAUCUGGAAGGAGGAGAACGGCGCCUGGGACAAGAUGUAUGAAUACACAGGGCACGAAUCAUCAGUGAACUCUGUUUGCUGGGGACCCUAUGAGUUUGGUCUGAUCCUGGCCUGUGGCAGCUCAGAUGGGGCAAUUUCCCUUCUCACGUUUACUGGGGAUCAGCAGUGGGAUGUGAAGAAGAUCAGCAACGCACACACAAUCGGCUGUAACGCAGUGAGCUGGGCUCCAGCCGUAGUUCCUGGCAGCCUGAUUGACCAGCCGUCAGGACAGAAGCCAAACUACGUCAAACGCUUUGUGUCCGGAGGCUGCGACAACCUGGUCAAACUCUGGAAAGAAGAAGACGGUCAGUGGAAGGAGGAUCAGAAGCUGGAGGCUCACAGUGACUGGGUGAGAGAUGUUGGCUGGGCCCCGUCUAUUGGUCUUCCCACCAGCACCAUCGCUAGCUGCUCCCAGGACGGACGUGUGUUCAUCUGGACAUGCAACGACCCUGCAGGCAACACCUGGUCGGCCAAACUGCUCCACAAGUUCAACGAUGUUGUCUGGCACGUUAGCUGGUCUAUCACUGGAAAUAUACUGGCUGUUUCAGGAGGAGACAACAAGGUGACGCUGUGGAAGGAGUCGAUGGACGGACAGUGGGCGUGUAUCAGUGACGUCAGCAAGGGCCAGGGUGCCGUGUCCACCAUCACAGACACACAGCAGAACGAGCAGUGACCCCCGACUCUAUAGGAUUUACCCCACGUUUCAGAGAUGACUUAAACUGGACACUUAAUCUGACAAUAACACAUUGUCCACAGAGACUGAGCUUCAUUUAUGAUUGUCGAUCCAGGCUUGAACGUGAGUUUGGCUUCUGCUCUAGACCUGCGUCACAGUUGAUUAGUAAGGGAAAAAACCUUCAGUGUUUCAGUUUGUCCAUUUUGAUAAAGUCUUGAAAUGCAAACAUAACUGAUCAUUUCUUUUUUUUAUCAGCUGUACCAUUUGUUUAGGUUUUGAUUUUUCCCAGCAUCCUCUAAACAGCAAAAGUGCUGGUUCAAACCAAACCCUAAAACACAACUCAUCCUGUGAUUCCCAAACAUUCCACCCUCUACGGGGACAACGAUGCCCCUUCAAAUGUGCCCGUUAAGCUUUUAGUUUGGCAGGAAAGACCUCGACAUUCAACCAUGAAACUGAUUGUGAAUUUGUUGUGAAAGAGUGUAACAAAGAAAGAAAAUCAGAGAAAACAAAGAAGACUGUCGACUGUCCCAACGCCAGAUGAAAAUUAAAUUCACAUAUGGAUUCAUUCAGAGUUUAUUGAGUUGAUUCUUUAACACAUGCAGGAGGUCGGUGGCCAUUACAUCCACUAGUGUUGUAAAUUCAGAAUCUGCCUUAAUUCAUCAGCCACUACAUUUCCAUGGCAACCAAAAGAAAAAUCAAUAUGUAGACAGUCUGAGUUUUAUCUUUCAAUUGUUGAAUCAGAAACCACUGAUGUUUUUUUCAUUGAUGUAAUUAAAUAAAUAUAAACUUUAAACUA